AUGAAGCUAGCUGAGAGAAGAAAUGCGAUAUUCCUCUCUCCCACCAUUUCAAUUUUCCUUCUCAUCAUAAUUUCAUUGGCACCGUAUUCCACUCUCAGCAUCAGAUUUCCAGAUCAGAUCUCCGAAAUUUCAAAUGAGCCAUCCAAUCAGCCUUUGAAAACAGCCAUUUUCGCCCUUGGCAGCUUCUGGAGGUCGGAGGCAGUCUUUGGAUGCUUGGACGGCGUUGUACGAACCACCGCCGGUUAUGCCGGCGGAUCAAAAGUGAAUCCGGAGUACCGAAGCUUGGGCGAUCACGCCGAGAGUGUGCAGAUUGAAUAUGAUCCCAGGAGUAUUAGUUUUAGACAACUAUUGGAGGUGUUCUGGACUAGUCAUGAUUCUAGGCAAGUAUUUGGGCAAGGGCCCGAUGUGGGUAAUCAAUACAGGUCUAUAAUAUUUACUGAUGGAACUGAAGAGUCUGGAUUGGCUGCUCAGAGUAAAGAAAGGGAGCAAACAAGGUCAAAGAUCAGUGUGGUGACCACACAAAUUCAACAGCUGGGAACAUUUUACCCUGCAGAGCCCGAACAUCAGAAAUUUGAGCUCAAACGGAAUCCAUUCCUUCUUCAGUUGAUUGGGAACUUGCCUGCAGAAGAGCUCGAGAGAUCUAGCCUUGCAGCAAAACUUAAUGGAUAUGCAGCUGAGCUUUGCCCACCAAGAAUGCAAAGGCAUAUUGAUGCCAAGAUCAAUGACAUUUUAAGGAAAGCGGCGGUGGUGGAAGGAGAUUUUCCGAUAACUAUAGAUGUAGGCGCUUCUGUAACUGAUGUGGAGGAAGCAAAAUUGAAUGGACUAGCAAGGAAUCGAGGAAAGAAGGGACAACUGAAAUCACUUGCUGGGGAUGCAUGGGGGAAACUUAUUUCUCAAUCCUCGCAGAGGCAAGAACCAUAUUGCACUGGAGCUGAGAAAAAUGUAGAUGAAGGCAGUGAAGAAAAGCAAAAGACACAAGACGCCACUAGUGACGGAGGCGUACUCGCUGAAGUCGUUGAAGCCAUGGCUGAGUGUGGUUCGUCUAAUUCAGUACAUGCUCCAUAA